CAGUUUUGUUAAAGGAUCGGCUACAAAAUAAGGAAAGAUGAAGUUGAUCUCAUUUGCUCUUGUUUGUUUGCUCCUUCAGAGAUGCUCUGCUGAGGGACAAGAUCUCGGUGGCAAGGCUUUCACCUUCCCAGAAGAGACAGACCACAGCUAUGUUAAGCUGCAGCCUGCUGGAAAGUGGCCCGUGAGCACAAUCAGCGUCUGCCUGCGGUUCUACACCGACCUCCUGCAGAAGGAGCAGUGCUUCUUCUCCCUGGCGACCCGUUCCCAUAGCAACGGCUUCCUGUUCUGCAAGGACGGGCUUAACCGGCACCACAUGUACAUCGGCAACGACAAGGCGGAAUUCUUUGGCCUGCCGGACGAGCUGAACGCCUGGAACUCCUUCUGUGCCACGUGGGAUUCCGAAACGGGCCUGACCCAAGUCUGGCUGAACGGCAAACCCAGCUCCAGGAAGACCCUCUUCAAGGGCGGCUCUCAGGGCAAGAGUCCGUUCAUCGUUAUCGGGCAGGAUCAGGACAAGUACGGCGGGGGGAUGCACAAGAACGAUGCCGUGGUCGGGCAGCUCACGGACGUGCACAUGUGGGACCGUGUCAUCUCCCCGUGCGAGAUCGAGAAUUUCUCCAAAAACAGGGACUUCUCGAGAGGGAACAUGAUCAACUGGCAUGACCUUGUAUUCACCAUCAAUGGAAAUGUGGUUUUAGAGGACAAGAUUGCAAGCAGCAACUGUUCAAGCUUCGUCGCUGAAAACACGACGUCUUCUUGGACUCCAGCUACGCAGGACCUCAGUGGAAAGGUGUUCACCUUCGGCGCAGCGACGGCAGACAGUUACGUCUUGCUGGAGUUACAGAGACAAAACAUAGACGUCGCCAGCGUGUGUCUCAAAUACUUCUCCGACAUCCCCUCAAAAGACAGAGAGCAAACCUUCUUCUCCCUGGCGACCCGUUCCCACAGCAACGGCUUCCUGCUCUGCAAGGAGGGGCUCAACCGGCACCAGGUGUACAUCGGCAGCGCCAGGGCAGAAUUCUGGGGCCUGCCGGACGAGCUGAACGCCUGGAACUCCUUCUGUGCCACGUGGGAUUCCGAGACGGGCCUGACCCAAGUCUGGCUCAACGGCAAGCCCAGCUCCAGGAAGACCCUCUUCAAGGGCGGCUCUCUGAGAGGAGUGCCAGUCGUCGCGCUCGGUCAGGACCAAGACGAGUAUGGCGGUCGGUUCAGCUCCAACGACGCGCUCAUCGGACAGAUCGCGGACGUGCACAUGUGGGACCGGGUCAUCUCUCCGUGCGAGGUCAAGCAGUUCACGGAGAACAAGCUUGUCGGCGGUGGGAAUCUGAUCAGCUGGGAAGCACUGGAAUACACCACAUAUGGAGAUGUGGUCAUGGAAAAGCAGAUUGAUGGUAUCGGCCUGCAGGACUGUGCCGUGACUGCACUCUAAGAAGUAAAAUGGCACAUUGUGUGUGUGUGAGCUCAGGGACAACACAAUUUUGUGUUAAUUUCACACAGCAACAACAACAACACCACAAACAAGCAAGCAAACAAACAGAAAAGGUACACCUUUUUGCAGACACACAUUUUGUUUGUUGUUUUGAGAUAGCUGAACUCACCCUGUUCAGCUAUGGCUGGCUGUUUCUGACCCAGCCAGGCAGCCACACAAUUGUAGUGUUGAAAUUGUGUUUUCCCUGAGCACACAGCAGAUGUGUCAUUUUAACACAUUGCUUUUUAGAGUGUAGAUAAAAUGAUCACUUAAGCCAGGGAUUCCCAAAUGAUUCCCAAACGAAGGUGGCACGUGGGGGGAAAAGUUUGGGAACCGCUGACUUAAGCAAUACAACACAAAUGGGAGUGGGGUUGGUAAACAAUAUAGCCACGGCUUUGAUUCAUUUCUGAAUAAAAUGGGCACAUGUUAAUAUAGAUUUUCCGCAUUUCUUGGCAUUGUUACCAGCAGUACAGUGUGUGCCAAAAGACACUAGGUAGCAGGCUAGCUGUUUGUUGUCAGCUACACUGUUAUCGGAGUUUGUAAGCAUUUUUUUAAGUAGCCUAAGCCUUCUUAAUGCUGCAUUAAUUAACUAUUGAGAACAUCAUCAGUUAAGUAUUAUCAUCAGUGACUGUGUGUGGGUUGUGAUUCUGAUAAUCACAGUGGUCAUGCUGCAUGAUCCAGGAAAACCACAUUUAACCCUCAUGUUGUCCUCAAAUCUUACCGACGUUCGUUAUCCUUGGGGUCAAUUUGACCCCAGCUAACAAAACUCUCAAAAAAUGAUUGAAAAUAUUUUUUUUAACCCAGUUUUUUUUGAGGUAGGUACUUAACUAGAGUGUAAUAACCACCAUCAAAAGCCCUACAAAACAAUCCCACCCCCCCACACCCCUUUAUGAACCCUGGAACCCUGGCUGGCAAUAUGGCCAAUCCAGUGUCAACAGCCCAAAGGCUGAGUUUUUGGACUUUUUCAGACCUGCCAAAAUAACUUAUAUGUAAUAUGUACUUGUUUAUGUAAUAAUGAUAAUAAGUACAUGUUCUCAUACUAUUACAAUAAUAAUAUUCAUAUUGUGUCAAAUAUUCAUUUACCUCAUGUUUCAUAAAAAUGGGGUCAAAUUGACCCCAAUACCACCAACGUAACUAUUUUUUUUACAGGACAUUGGAAACAUAUUUUUGUGCAAAUUUCAUGUUUACUCUGUUGUACCCUUCAAAUGAGGAAAAGUCAUGAAACUUGAAGCAAAACAAAAAAAGUGAACCAUAUAUUUUAUGAUGUUAAACAUGGCUUGGGGUCAAAUUGACCCCAAGGACAACAUGAGGGUUAAAAACAAAGCACAUUUGCCUGACUCCGCCUUUCUAUGCACUACCGCUCAAUUUGAUUUCCCUUCAGUGAUCUGUCUGGAAUACCUUGAUCCACUUUCGUUUACUCCGGCAAGUACACCUCUGUCCAAUCAGCGAACAGAGGGCGUUCCCGAGAGUGAUUAAAUUUUGUGUCAAGUCUUUCAUUAUCGUUGUGUCCCCAGUGGUUAACAUAUGUCAUUACCAAACGCUAGUGAUUAGUGAACUUUAGACAAGCGUCCAUAAACCCGGAAAUAAACAUUUACCAAUGAAUCUGGGGUGCCUCUCAAUAUCCCUCCUCAAUCCUCAAUGCUCGGUCCUCCAGGCUCAUUCCCAAAGAUCUAUAACUAACACUGGAUAGACUAUCCCAUUGUUGCUGCCCCAUCAUUCUUUAUCCAGAUCAGUGAGGACGAGGACCGAGGAAGGAAGGGAGGAUCUAUAAAAGACAAACGAGAGGCACCCAAUGCCAGACUCUCUGCGAAGAGAGUCACGGUCUCCAGGUUACAUUUGCGGCUGAAUGAAAUACAGUACUUACACAGAGGUGUAACUCUGAGUGUAAAGAUGUGGGCCAUUCUUCUCACAACGUUGCACUGUAUUAGCGUACAGCCCAGAUUUUUCCCCCUCUAGUCUACAUGCAGUGAAAACCUCCUGAAAAUGGUGCAAUUACCGUGUGAAGUUCAUCAGCUUUCUAUUUUCUUCUCGAUUUAUCGAAAUCUUCUGGGAUUUAUUUUUUAAGUAUGGCUAUGUUUUCUCUUUAUUUGCAAGGUGGACCCACUGCUGAAUUGAAUUUUUCUUGUGUAGACUUGGCAGUAAAAGUACUUCACUAAAAAAA